AUCAAAACGUCGCGUAAAUGAUGACGUGGUGCUAAGUAAGGCUCGUUUUUGCCACGUCGGUUUCUGCGCUGUGUGAACUCAACUGGUGCACUGCAGAUGCUUCUAACUUAACUUUAAAACUCAGUAUUUGCCAUUUUCAGAGUACAGGGAACGAUAUUGCAAGCGGUUUUGUUUACACAAGCUUCCAGUCUGAUCCAAGAUAUCAUCCAAUGGAUACAAAUGUUCUUCCCAACUUAAUUUGUUGGUAAUUCACUGAUGUCUUUUAGUCUACACCACCAGCUCCUGGCGUUAAUUGUCACGUGGUUGCUCUGUGUUGAGCAAAGUUGUGGAAACGUGACUGGGAACUGCUGGGCUUGUAGUUACCGUGGAUACCGGCCAUGCCCGGAGGGCGCAGGGGUCCGAGCAGACAGCAGCUGAGCCGGUCAGCGCUGCCCUCUUUGCAGACAUUGGUUGGUGGAGGCCUCAUCAACGGCACAGGGCUGCGCAACAGGAGCACCAACUCCGUGGGACUGUCAGCGCCUCCGUUGACAGCCCUGAUCACACCGGAACCAGUUCGUCAUUCGCGUAUUCCAGAUCUCCCCUUGGACAACAGUUUACUGUUUGAGUUCUUGCUCUUUCUCUACCUGUUGGUUGCUUUGUUUGUGCAGUACAUCAACAUCUACAGAACUGUGUGGUGGUAUCCUUACAGCCAACCUGCUGCCUCUACCUCGCUGAACUUCCACUUAAUGGAUUACCAUCUGGCAGUAUUCAUCACUGUUAUGCUAGCCAGGCGACUUGUGUGGACCAUCAUCUUAGAGGCUUCUCAGACCAGCCCCUGCUCCCUGGUCCGGUACGUGUUGGUUAUAGCCGCGCGUCUCAGUCUGUUGACGCUCUGUGGCUGGGUGCUGUGCUGGACACUGGUGAACCUGUUCAAGAACCACUCGGUGCUCAACCUGCUUUUCCUAGGCUAUCCGUUUGGGGUCUACGUACCAUUGUGCUGCUUCCACCAAGAAAGCCGCGGAGGUGGCGUGGCCUCUCCGACCGACUGUGGCCUCUCCGAACGGGACGGUGUGGAGGGUGGUGCGCUGAUCAGGCCUAGAGAGUUUAUGAGCCUCCUGCGGGAGAACCUGCGGGAGCAGUUCAGUAGCCCGGCCCCCGUACCCACACACACCUGCCCACACUCCCCCGAGCUUAUUCGCACCGAGGUAGAGGAGCUCAAGACCAACUUCAACCGUCGCAUCAAGGAGGUGCUCUUCAACUCGCUCUUCAGUGCCUACUAUGUGGCCUUUCUGCCCCUGUGCUUUGUGAAAAGUACCCAGUACUAUGACAUGCGCUGGUCGUGUGAACACCUCAUCAUGGUUUGGAUCAAUGCCUUCGUGAUGCUGAUGAGUCAGCUGUUUCCGCCUAGUUACUGCGACCUGUUGCAUCGGUCGGCCGCACACCUGGGACGAUGGCAGCGACUCGAGCAUGGCUCCUACAGCAACGCUCCUCAACACCUUUGGUCAGAGAACACCAUUUGGCCACAGGGGGUGCUGGUGCGCCACAGUCGCUGUGUGUAUAAAGCAGUGGGACCCUACAAUGUAGCAUUGCCCUCGGAUGUGUCCCAUGCCAGGUUCUAUUUUCUCUUUCACAAGCCGCUGCGGAUUCUCAACCUGCUGAUUGGGAUUGAGUCCAGUGUGAUCGUGUACCAGCUGUAUUCUCUGUUGCGCUCAGAACGAUGGAACCACACGCUAUCUCUCGGCCUCAUUCUCUUCUGCAACUAUUACGUCCUCUUUAAGUUGCUUCGGGACCGCAUCGUGCUGGGCAAGGCCUACUCCUACCCACUCGGCAGUAACAGCCUGAGCCUGAAAUCCCAGUGAUGACCUGAAUGGCCGAUACCUCAGACUAACUGCCCUCCUUCCAUAACCAUCCUUUGGGAUGUCGGGACAUACGAUGGAGUCGAGGAAAUAGAGUAAUGUGUGUGUGGAGGAGGAGCUUCCAGGGAGAAGACUGUGAACUUGUGUGUUUUGAUACGGUUCUAUUUUCGUAAAAUGUUUAUAUCUAUUUAAAAUUAUAUAUAUUUUAUUUUGUAUACUGUUACUAGAUGGGGCAUUAUGACAUGUUGCUAUGAUACUACCCCUUUCACUUUCCUACUGUUGUACAUGGAAGUGUCACAGGGGUUUAGGGAGGGAUUUCAGUCCCGUAUGGUGAACAUCAACCACUUGCCACCAAAGUUUCUCACAGGCCAUCUGCUAAUUAGCAUGUCUUUGGCUCAACUGACCAAUCACGGGAAAGUUGAUGUAUUUUUAAGGUUUUCGAUUGAACAGCCAAUCAUCCAGUGCCAUCUCCUUUAUUUAUGAAUGCUGUACAUAUAUUUCAUGUGCUGCUGUUUAUUACAAGCUUUUGUACAGUCCCCCCAAAAAAAAGAUCAUGCCUUUCUUGCAGAAUCCGUUGCUUUCAUCGUUUUGUUAUAACAUUUUGUUAUAUCUGUUUGUUCUCAUCUCAAGGAAACUUUGUGCCAAAUCCCAGGUUUGGCUGUUGAAUUUGCGAUCUGGAGUAUUUGACAGAGGAAGCCAUUGUUCCCAGUGCCAAUAAACAUGUCAACUGCC